AUGUAUCUCGAUUUCCAAAAUAGUUUAGGAUUGGGAUCCUUGUUUACGACGCUGCUUUCAUGCUUUACGGAGACAAGUGAACGCAAUGCCAUCGCGUAUCGGCCAGCACUACCACCCUCCUAUCCCUUGGCCGUCCGUAACCCGUAUCUCUCGACCUGGAUGCCCAGCAACCAAAUCCAGAAUUUGCCGCACGCAGACUCUCAGUUCUGGGCUGGUCAGAACCUCACAUGGUCUGUCCUGGCGCGUGUAGAUGGUCGGACCUAUAGUCUGAUGGGUGUGAAGGAAGAUAGCGAUGGCAUUCGCCCGGCUGUCGUUCGCAGCGCCGAAUAUACAGCGACUCAUUCGCUUUUCACCCUCGCUGCAGGGGAGGUGGUCAUCACGCUGGACUUUUUCUCCCCCAUAUCUCCCUCUAAUUAUCUUCGCCAAUCUCUUCCUUUUAGCUAUCUAACGGUGACUGUGUCCGAGUCUUCUGCUAACAUCGUUCAAAUACUUUCCAGUAUCGACGGAAGAUGGACGGGGAGUGCGCAGAACACUGCGCGUAACUUCCAGAAGACGGGUUCUACAGCAGUUUAUUCGCUCACAGUAGAAAAUGCGGCGCCAUAUUCUGAAGAGAGCGACAUGGCAACCUGGGGAGAGGUAGUCUUUGCAUCUCGACCAAUGCCUGUUUCCAAGUUGUCUUUCUCUUCAGGCAAAUGGCAAGAUGUGGGAUCCAGGUUUGUAGAUACGGGGGUCUUGGCUGACGACGCCCCUUGGGUACCGGAGGGAGUCCUAGCCUUGUCGCAUGACCUGGGCACGGUUACCAACGAGCAAUCGAUCAACUUCGCCGUGGGCUACGUGAGGGAGAAUGCCAUUAACUACCUCGAAAAGGCAUACACGGGUUAUUACAGGGCCCAGUACCCGGACACGAACCAGGCAGUCUCAUACUUCCUGGAUGACUAUAACGAUGCCCUUCAAGAGUCUUCGAUCCUUGAUUUCGAAAUGGCCCGUAAAGCAAAGGCAGUUGCAGGCCAGAAAUAUGCGGACAUUGUCACCCUUUCAGCUCGCCAGGCAUACGGUGGGAUUGACGUAACCAUCCCAAGUGACACCCUCGACACCGAAGACGUGCUCGGCUUCAUCAAGGAGCUGUCGAGUAACGGAAACCUCAAUACCGUGGACGUUAUUAUGCCCGCCUUCCCCAUCUAUUAUAUAACCAAUCCGGAUUAUAUCCGGAUUCUACUCGAGCCGAUGAUGAAGUAUCUCGCGGCGGGGCGUUGGAAGAAGCCAUACACAAUCCAUGAUAUGGGAGCCCACUACCCCAAUGCCACUGGCCACGAUGAUCAGAAGGCAGAGCCUAUGCCGAUCGAAGAAUGUGGAAAUCUGAUGGUCCUGGCUCUGGCAUACGUGAGGGCUUCCGGCGAUGCAGCCUGGAAGACACAGUAUACGCCUAUCCUGAGAAACUAUGCGGACUAUUUGGUUGAGCACAGCGUUAACAUCCCGGAGCAAUUGUCUUCCAAUGAUGCAGCGGGUCCCCUGGCCAACGAAACUAACCUGGCCAUAAAGGCUGCAGUGGGGUUGAAAGCAUUCGGAGAGUUGACGGGGCUGGCUGAAUAUUCACGGAUUGGCGACGAGCGAGCGUCGCUAUUCUUCGGUCAAGGGCUCGGAACCGAUGAGCGCAAGACGCAUUUUGUGCUUCAGUAUCCCGAGAACCCAACUUCAUGGAAGAUCCCAUACAAUUUAUACCCCGAUAUCUUACUUGACCUGCAAACGUUCCCAGAUGCCGCAUACCAGAUGGGGAGCGCAUUUUUCAACACGGUGCGCGGCGAAUAUGGGGUCCCUCUUGACCACCGGCAGGACUGGGCCAAAUCAGAUUGGAACAUGUGGCUGGCUGGCACGCUUGACACAAGCACCCGGGACGAGUUUGUCGACGACCUGUGGGCAUUCAUGACCAAUGGAAAGCACAAUUGGCCCUUUUCUGAUCGAUACGUUGCCACAUCAGCCAAGGGCCAGCACCCCGGUCACCCCAUCCUUUGUCGCGCUCGACCCACAGUCGGUGGCCAUUUUGCACUGAUGGCGCUGGAGGGUCCCCGGUCACUUCAUCAUGACGUGCUUGGUUCAUUGAAGGCUAUGGAAGACGUGAAAGGAGAGCAUGCAAUUGACUCUGCGCAGACGACGCAGCGAGCAGAAGCAGCGGUCCCUUGCUUUUUUGUGUUGCUCGCUGGUUGCCCCUGGUCCAGGGUGCUGACUAAGCCGCUGACUGGCCGACUUGACAUGCCUCUUUUUGCUAAUGCUGCGAUGCCCGCCCUCCAGCCCCGUCCUCCGCACAGCUUCGGUCCCCAAGGCUAUCCUCUCCCCAACGGUGCCACUGGUCCUGUUCCCGGGGCCGCCCCUCUUCUCCCGAACAACGGUCGAAUCAUCCAGAACGGCCCGGUCAGAGUCCUGUGCAUUGCAGAUGUUCGAGGGAACCUGAGGUCUUUGAAUGAGUUGGCCAAGCAGGCCCGUGCAGAUCACAUUAUCCACACCGGUGACUUUGGCUUCUACGAUGACACCUCGUUGGAGCGAAUUGCAGACAAGACUCUUAAGCAUGUGGCUCAAUACUCUCCGUUGCUUCCUGAAAACGUGAAGCGGACCAUUGCCCAGACCCCCCCUCAGCAGUCGAUUAAGCAGCGAUUCACCCCCGACCAGCUACCCCUCUCAGAACUUCCGAUGCUGCUCGAUAGGCGGAUUACUCUUGAUGUCCCUGUAUACACCGUUUGGGGUGCCUGCGAAGACGUUCGGGUAUUGGAGAAGUUCCGUUCCGGAGAGUACAAGGUGGACAAGCUGCACAUCAUUGACGAGGCCAAUUCGCGGUUGCUGGACGUCGGCGGUGUCAAGCUGCGUCUGCUGGGAUUGGGAGGCGCCGUGGUGAUGCACAAGCUGUUUGACAACGGCGAGGGCAAGACCACCAUCGCCGGUGGGCAAGGUACCAUGUGGACGACCUUGCUUCAGAUGGGUGAGCUGAUAGACACCGCGAACCGCGUGUACGACCCAUCGGAAACCCGCAUUUUCGUCACACACGCAUCACCCGCCCGGGAGGGAAUGCUAAACCAACUCUCCGUGACCCUCAAGGCCGACUUCUCGAUCUCUGCCGGACUGCACUUCCGCUACGGCUCGUCCUACAACGAGUUCUCGGUGAACCCCUCUCUCGAUCAUUACCGUGGCAAGCUGGCUGCCUCGAAGGCAUCUUUCAAUGACGUCUGGGAAACGGUUCGGGGUGAGGUGGAGGCCGCCAUUUCCUCCAACGAGGCCCAGAAGACCUUGUUGGACAACGCUUUGAACGUGGUGAACCAGAUGCCCACCAUCGCCAACGGUGGCAACCCCUUUGGAGGGCCUGCCGGUCCCGGAAACGCCGCCGGCCAGGUUGACGAGAGCGCCUUCAAGAACAUGUGGAACUUCAACCUGGCUGACGCCGCCUUUGGUUUCUUGGUUCUCGAGGUUGAGGCUGGCCGCAUCGCCACGGAGAUGCGCGCCCAGGGAUUCAACUUUGCGCACCGUACCGGAAAGCCCCAGGUUGCUGGAGCGCCCGGUGGUCAAGCCGGCGCCCCCGUGCCUACCGGAGCGCCCGCUGGCGUAACGUCCCCGGCGACUCGUGCGACUGGACCGGUUCCUCAGUUUGGCCAGGCUCAGCCCGCCACCGUCCGUCCCGGAGCGCCUCCCCAGCCCCAGGCGCCGGCCAAGGGCCCGACCGCUGCUCCCGCUCGUACCUCGCCGGCCCCGGUGAUCCCCAAACCCGCCACUCCCCAGCCCGCCGGCACCGCUGCCCAGCCGCCCGCGCCGGCCUCGCCGGAGAAGACCUCGGUUUCGGAGGCCAACGGCAGUGCUCAGCCCGAGAAACCCUCCGAGUCUCCUCUACCCAGGCCCGAGAAGAAGCAGAGCAACGGACUCUUCGUGUCGAACGUGGACAAUGAGCAGGCCGUGCGCGAUCUCUUCCCCGAGGAGGACAAGUCGAAGAUGGUCAAGGUCGAGAAAUGGGGCAAGUACAACCACGUCGUGAUGUUCACGACCGUCGAAGAGGCCAAGGCCGCUCUCGACCGCCAGCCCGUCGAGCACAAGAAGCCCACUCCUCCCGGCCAACCUCGCAAGCCCAACAUCAAGUUCUUCGAAGACCGCGGUAGCCACCGGGGCAACGCCGGCACGUGGCAGGGUAGCAACCGUGGAGGAAACACGUCUCAGCGCGGAUACCAGAGCGGUGGGGCCAGUGACAGUGAGACCGGACGAGGACGUGGUGGAUUUGGACGAGGCCGAGGCCGCGGUGACCGUGGCGGACGAGGUGGACGAGGAGGUCGCGGUGGAUUCAACAAGGGAGCGACAGCAGAUUCUCCAGCGCCGACAUCGACCCCUUCAGGCGACAAGCCGGCUCCCUCGGGCGGUGAUGCUUGA